GGGCGGGUCAAAGGAGGCGCGGUCUCCCGAGUCCAUGGCGGGGCUCUGGCUGCUUCCCGGCCCUAGCCUGCGGCUUCCGGGGGGCCGACUUUGGCGGCUCCUGCCUCUCGGGCUCGGGGGGUGCGCCCCGGCGGAGGGGACCGCCAGAGUCUGGCUCAGGCAACUCGGCGCGCGGCGAGAGGAGGCGUGGCGGACCUCGGAGCUGGCUCGCAGCGGCGGGGGAAGCCGGCCCUUGAGCACGGGGAUGCCGCCCCCUCCAGGGUCGUCCGGCCCCGAGCCGAAGGGCCGCAGAGACCCCAUGCGCCCCUCCAAGCCCGGGCCGGUUUCCUGGAAGUCUUUGGCAUUCACAUUUGCAAUUGGUGGAGCUUUAUUGGCUGGAAUGAAGUACUUCAAGAAAGAAAAGACAGAGAAGCUGGAGAAGGAGCGGCAGCGAAGCCUGGGGAAGCCUUUGCUGGGGGGCCCGUUUUCCCUCACAACACAUACUGGAGAGCCCAAAACUGACAAAGACUACGUGGGUCAGUGGGUAUUGAUUUAUUUUGGUUUCACUCAUUGCCCUGAUGUCUGUCCAGAAGAACUAGAAAAAAUGAUUCAAGUCGUGGAUGAGAUAGAUAAUAUCCCAACUCUGCCAAAUUUAACUCCACUUUUCAUCACUAUUGACCCAGAAAGGGACACACAAGAAGCCAUCGCAAAUUAUGUGAAAGAAUUUUCUCCCAAACUGGUUGGCCUGACUGGCAGCAAAGAAGAGAUUGAUCGAGUGGCCCGAGCAUACAGGGUGUAUUACAGCCCUGGCCCCAAGGACGAUGAUGAGGACUACAUAGUGGAUCACACAAUAAUCAUGUACUUGGUUGGACCAGAUGGUCAGUUCCUAGAUUAUUUUGGCCAGAACAAGAAGAAUGCAGAAAUUGCAGGUUCGAUUGCCGCGUACAUGCGGGAACACAGGACGAAGGGCUAGCCGGAGCCCCGGUGCCGGCCGCGUGUUCUCUUGCGGAAGAGGAAGAAAGCUUUGUCUCCCGUAGGAGCCAAGAUACACCUGUAUAUACACACGCACACACACAAAUGCAACCUACAGAAUGGCCUUCGCACCCCAAGAGCAUCUUGUCUACUAUCUGAGAGCGGUCCAACCCAAACCGCCGACAGGGCAUGUUACCCUUGGGUUUCGCCAAGAUAGGUCUUGGACCUGUAAAGAUGCAAUGGAACAGUCCCUUGAGCCCAGAGGACCAAGUUAGCAUGAGGCCAGUGGAGGGGACAUCGGGAAGCAGGAAAGGCACAGCAGGUGCAUUUCCCCACGUCAGCAGGGCCCUCGGGUCAGCGUUGCUGCCCCUCGGGUGCCCCGGACCCUUG